CGCCUGGGAGGCCGCGGCCAUGGCGUUCUCGGCGGAGGCGCUGCGGAAGCAGCUGGGCAAGUACAAGUUCAGAGACCUGACCGUAGAGGAAGUGACGGCUGUCAGCAGGGCGCACCCGAACUUCUCCUUCUCCAUGAACACUUACACCUUCAAGGAUGGAUCCCAGAAAGACCUCCUGAAUUUCAGUGGCACUGUCCCGGUGAAAUAUGGUAACUCCUAUAAUAUACCCAUUCGUCUGUGGAUUUUGGACUCUCAUCCCUUUGCUCCUCCCAUUUGCUUCCUGAAGCCGACUGCCAACAUGGGCAUUGCAGUGGGGAAGCAUGUGGAUGCUCACGGCAGGAUUUAUUUGCCCUAUCUGCAGAACUGGAGCCAUCCUAAAUCAACUAUCAUUGGAUUAAUCAAGGAAAUGAUUGCAAAAUUUGAGGAGGAGCUGCCUUUGUAUUCACUGUCAUCUUCUGAUGCAGACAGGCAAUCAGAACUUCUCUCCUACAUCGCAAGGAUUACUGAAGGAGAGACUGACAUAAAAUCAAAGAGUAAAAUGGGUGGAGUGAGAAACGGAGGGUGCUUUAACAAAGUGACUGUGGUUGGAGCUGGAGAUCUGGGCAUUGCAUGUGUGCUGGCGGUUGUAGCAAAGGGUGUUGCUGACAAGGUGGUUCUUCUGGAUCUUUCUGAAGGUGCAGCAAAAGGAGGAACCAUGGAUUUGGAGAUCUUUGCUUUGCCAAACGUAGAGAUCAGCAAAGAUUUUUCAACUUCAACUGAUUCAAAAGUUGUGGUGCUUACAGUGAACUCUCUGGGUAAUGCUCAGACGUACCUGGAUGUCAUACAGAGCAAUGUGGAUUUGUUCCGAGGAAUUAUCCCAGCAAUAUCGCACUACAGUCAGAACUCCGUGCUGCUUGUUGCUUCUCAGCCAGUUGAAAUUAUGACAUACGUAUCAUGGAAGCUGAGCGCAUUUCCCAAAAGCAGAGUUAUUGGAGUAGGUGGCAAUCUGGAUACUGAGAGAUUUCAGUACAUACUCACAAAGCUUUUGCAAGCAGAGACGCUGGGAAAAGAUGCUUGGAUUAUUGGUGAACAAGGGGAAGACAAAGUACCAUCAUGGACCAGCUCUAAGUCAGUUACAAAUGAAACAGAAACAAUUGCUGCUCAUGACUCCAGAGAAAAGGUGGCUAACAGAGCUGUGGAAGUUCUCAAGGGAAAGGGUCAGAGAUCCUGGUCUGUUGGGCUCUCAGUUGCUGAUUUAACUGACAGUAUCCUGAAAGAUAAAAGGAAGGUUCAUUCUGUAUCCACUCUUGCGAAGGGAUUUUGCAGUAUAAACAGUGAAGUAUUCUUAAGCCUUCCAUGUGUUCUUGGAACCAGUGGAGUAAUUGAAACGAUCACACUAGAAGAAGAUCUGCUGGUACAAGAGAAACUGCAAAGCAGUGCAGGAUCAAUUCAUGACCUUCAGCAGCAGCUGAAACUGUAAGCACUAAGGAAGCUACAGCAUCUGCUCACACAAGUUGAAGCUUUGCUAGGCACGAAGGGUUGCUUGGUGCGUACGUUUUUCUAUGCCAAACAAAUUUUUUUAACUUGCUUUCAAAAGUGUUUUCCUUACUUACUGUUGGUUGAAAUAAUUUAAUACUGCACUGCCCGGUUGGAAUGUCCCACUUGAAAAGUGCACUUUCGGUAGCCAAAAUGGGCAGAGUGAAGUGCAAGAAUACUUUGUCUAAGAUCAGGUAACAUUUGCCUGGUUCUUUUUCUUUGUAUUCUGUUUUGUUUUUGCUGCUAAUGAUGGCUUGAUUCUUGGGUUUUUCAUAGCUCUGUGCACCUCAUUAGGACACAGCCUAGGACAAGAACUUAUCCAGCACCUUGGAAGCUCUGGUGUGCAGAGCCAACAAGAGCUCCUCCUGGUUUCUGAGGGCUGGUAUGGGCUUGCCCAGAAUAUGGUUGCAGGGCAGCAACCUAUUGCAGGCAGUCUAAUGUCAAUGGACUCUAUUCUUGCAUAUUACUAUGGGGAAAGAAAAUGUGAAAGCAUGAAGUAUUGCGUAUGAAUUUCUGUUGUAUAUUUACUGAUAUCUGAGUCUCUGUCAUUGGGUGACUUGUUAGCUCUUAUUUUCUAAGGGUGUUCAGAGCACGAAAGUAUCUGCAGGUGUUGGUAUGUCCCGUGCAGCAGCAGAAUGGGUGCCCUUCCUGAAAGGAGAAGUGGGAAUGGGCACCAGGCAGGGAAUGAGGUCUGCCCAUUGGGCAGCGUGGAGGUGGCUAGAGUUCAAGCUCUGAUCCAAAGCUACUUGCUGCCCGACUGAGGAGGAGAGGGUAGCUCCUUGAGGAGGCAACAGGAUCUGUAUCCUUCUGCAGGAAGGCCAAAGACACGAUGGAAAAAGAUGCAAAUUCUUAGAUGAAAAAGCACGUAUUUUUUUAAGGUGAAGAGCUUUCUGUGUUCUAAACUCUGGUGUGGUUGCACUGGUGAGAGAGCAGACUGCAUUCAGCCCAGGUAUAGAUGAGCAUCGGGCUGCAGAACCAGAGCAGCAUGGGUGUCUCUGCUGCUAUGUGCAGCAUCAGCCUGUCAUUCCCUGGGCGUGUGCUGAACUACGGCUUCUGAAAUAGCAAUGGAACCUCCAGAGAACAAGUAGAAUACUUGUCAGAGCCAAAGAUUAUUCCUUCCUGCCUUCCACUUGUAUCUACAAAGAGCCAGCGCUGCAUAAACCAGGAUUUUAUAUUGAUAAAAAUAGUGUAAUUAUAUAUAUAUAAUAUAUAUAUUACUAUAUACAUAUAUAGUAAUUGGGUAAUUCAGGUGGGUUUUCAGUGAAUGCUAAAGUUUCCUUUCUGGUGGGGCAGAAUGGGUGCUAACAGCAGCUGUGUGACUUAAACACUACAUUAAACAAGUGCCCAGUGCUGGGGCCGGA